CAUAAUUCCACAUGGAAUUUGGUUGUAAUCCAGGAGUGGAUCUGAAGAGACAAUUCCAACGUUCAGUCGCUCACGAUCUUCCUCCGUCAAAUUUAAUAUUCCAAAGCUUGCGAUUUGGGAACACAAUGUUAUUUGCAAAGAACGACUUUGGUAUCAACCGGGAAAGUUACAUCGACUCGUAGCCUUCCAUGCAGCAAAAUUUUAAUGCUUUGAUCGUGAAAAUGUCAGAAGAGAAAGUUGUGCAACGUCGUCUAAAAAACAACCGACGAAAGACUACCGAUGGAUACAGGACAGACUCAGGAUGUUUCGAAGAUGUCGAUUUACGACACUCACCGACGCUAGUUUGCUCAGAAUACGUCACGGACAAACAUUCCUCCACUUGUGACAGCAAUAACCCAAAUCAAAAUGAAGUUUCAAAACAAUACUUAAAUUCAACUCCUACAUCUAUACCUACGUUAGCUGAAGAUAGUGCAGAAGACAAAGACUUUCAUGAUAUUUUAAAACGAUUGUCUGAAAUAACUGGCAGUACUGGGGAUCUAUAUCGCUUAUGUUUCAACUCAAGAUUGUCAUUUGGUGGUCACGCUACGAGUGGAAGCGAAGAGACAGGUGAACCAGAAGAAGGCAUUGAAAAAACGUUUAUCGUACAACAGAAAAAUGAAAACUGUGAACUUAAAAAAUCCAAUCAUGAUGAGCGGUGUGCAGAGUUUAUGUCUCUUUUGUCUUCUUUAAUGUCGAAAGUAAGAGAAAAUCCAAACAUUUUAAGCCACCCAAGUUUAGGAAAUUCUUGUGAAAAUCAGCUGUCAUCGCUGAUCACAUCUAUAAAUGAGGCAAAACAGAUUGAAGCUAAAAAAGAAAAACAAAAAUUAGAAUCUUCAAGUCUGCAGGUUUCAACAACUAUUAAUGAUCACAAUACUCCACCACCAGUAUCGUCUCUUUCGUCUGCAAAUGCCGACUGGUCUAAUCUUGUUACAGCACAAAAAUCAUUUGAUGAAAAUAAAUCGUGCAUUAAUGAAACAGAGAGUGAUGAUGAAAGCGUGUUUUAUAUUCUUCAUGGUAACACUGAAACCGAUAAUAUAUCUAAAGAUAAAAAUGAUAUUUCUCAUUCUUUGAAAACAGACACAUAUUUUGAUUCUUCAACAAAUAUAAAGGUAGGAGAGGAAAAUGUUAGCUCGUCUACAACUGACGAAGAAAGCAAUGACAUCUCAAGCGAGGGCUCACACGCAUUGUCAAGUAGGCUUGAUGAACAUGUUGAAGACAAUAAACAAAUGAACACUAGAAAGUUUGAAAAUCUUUUGCCGGAGGGUGACGGUAUGGUAGCUAAUGGACGUCGAACAGUGAAGCCUUACAGUUGGGAUUAUGGUGAUAUUUGGGAGAAUGAAGUGCAAGCAGGGAAACGUUGGGACUCGUUUUCUGGAGAACUGGGUUAUUAUAAACAACGAGAUCUUUGCCAUGACAUGUCACCAUCUUUUGAAGAAAUCAGAGAUGAUUUAUUCCACAAUGCUGGUUUUAUUUGUCGCGAUUGUUGUCGCAUUGAAAGCACAAAACGACGUAGUCGCUCUGCUGAUGCAAAAUGUUUGCCAAUGCAUUGCAAGUUAUGCCCCUCUCCUCUUCAAGGUGAUUCACCAUUUGCGAGAACAAUUUAUCACAAUGAUCGUAAUUCUGGUGUUAAGUUGCGUCGAAGUUGGAGUUCUCAACAUAUCUCUGCUGACUCCAUGAUGGUCAGCGUGGACUGGACCAGAGGAAGAAAGAUGAGGGUUUUUACUGACUCAUCCAAGGGAACUUUUGAUGACAUAACAGCUCAAAGUAUCAAAAAUUCAGUUGCUCGAUCCAGUACAUUCCGUGGACCCCGUCCAUGGUCCGUGUUGAAGCGAAGACCAUCCGGGCUGCGACGACGUUCAACGAGAAAUCAAUCAUAUUGCUCUAGCUCUUGUAGUGAUGAAUUAUUUACAAGACGGAAUUUAGAAAGUAGUGCCCUAUCUAGGACAACAUCAUCCGACUGUCUUACCACUACGUCUGAUGAAAGUUCAAGCAUAAAUUCUUCACCAUGUGCCUUAUCUUCACCAUCCGUGAGCAAUCGAAACAGUGGUUGUUUCUCUGACAUUAGCUCUUCUGAUUCUUCAGACAUUCGCCGUGUUGUAUUUCAAGGUUUGCCAUCAGAGUGUUCCCCUCGUGAUCUGUUUAAUAAAGGCUAUGUUAACUAUAACACCACUAAAUUGACGUUGAAUGAACGAUUUGGACUCCUACAGAAGAACUGCGCAUUACAGAAAUCGUUAAUGCGAAACUCUAAAGAAGAUUGUAAUUAUUACAAUCUUCGUAGAUCAAAUCUUCAUCGUCAUAUGUCGAAUGAUCAAUUAAAUUGUGGGAAAAACAAAGAUCAAAAUUACCUCACCAAAGUGAAAUUUCUCGGUGAUUCUUAUUCUCGUUCCAAUAUCAGCAAGAAUAUUCGACAUUCCAGGAAUAGAUCGCGUAGUCCAUCUCCAGUAUCCUCUUCUGUUCCUUGUACUCGUGUUUUAAGUUGUGAGAUAGUGAAAAGUGAUCAUCAUAAGAGAGAUGUCUAUACAAAGGUUAGCAUGACUGGUUCUCUAACAGAUAAGGACUCGUUUAAGGUUAAUGACACAAAGCUUGGUAGAGUAAAAACACGACGAAGUUGGCAUGGACAUUCUUCUCUGCGUUCUUCUUCAUCUUCUUCAAUCAAGAGCUUUUCCACAUUGCAAAGACAUAAAUCUCCGACCACAAAUACUGGGGACGCACCUUUACUUGCAACAUUAGUUACAGUGGACAAUCCAUUAAAAACAAUCACAUGUUCCAAGAGGUCCACAAUUGAUCUUGGAAAACCUUCAGUGAAAAGAGAUAGAAUAUCUUGGGAGGCAUUUCGUUUCCAUAAACGUGAAAGUCAACCAUCCUCAAUGGUGGAUCUUUCAAACCAUGUUUACUCACGUUCUAAGCAGCGACAACCUCCUCCUGACUAUUUCACAGCUGUAAAGUGUUCGCAAGGUUUUCAACAAAGCAACAAAACAAAGUAUAUUGAGCCUGUGUUUUCAACGCUGAGACAAAGCGUCAAAAAAACACAACCUUCAUCAGAAAUGAUCGAACAAAAAACUCAAAGUGGUAAACUUAAGUCUGUUGGACCAUCAUCUCUUAAGGAAAAUCUUAUCAUGUCAAAUUCACCUCUUACUCCGGGCUCAAGACGUUGGAGUAGUUUGAAUGAAAAUAACGCUUUGGCUAAACAAAGGCUUCAGAGCUCUGAUGUGUACAGAAGGCGAACAAUUGAAAUGAAUCAAAAAAAUUUCGAUGUAACAAAACUUGGCAGCUUCAAUCAUCUCGAUCAAUCUCUUCCCGUCGGUCGUCGUCGUUAUAACUCGGAAUCUUCAAGCGUAAGCGAUCUUUUGGAAAAGGCUCGUUGAAGAAAAUGUCAGUAUCAACAAGAUAAACAUGAAUAGGGAAAAGUUAAAUGAAAACAGGAACGAUAAGCAAAAUAAAGCUUUUGAAGUUGCUGAGCUUUCUGUGGACAAGACAAAUAGAUUUAGGGAUAUUUUGUCAAACUUUGAUAUGAACAUAAUGAAGUUUUCCCAACAUGAAC